UUACAAAACGCCGGUUAGCCGUAACGGCCGCGCAAGAAAACGUGGCCGGAUACGGAUGCGGGUCUACUUUGCCGCUUUCAACGCUCGUUGCUCGUCGCUCGUUGCUCGACAAAGAAAAUGCAUCACCCAAAAAAACACGCCAAAAAAAUGUUAUAAAGAAAUGAAAAGCCACUGAAGCUGCUGCUCCAGUUUUCUUUUCGAUAAACUGCACUUGCGUGCGAAUAUUUCUGCCAACAAUAAACGCAAGUCGAGGGCGAGCAUGCGGGCGAAGGAGCUGAGGAAGACGCCUGGCGAAGAUGGCAAAGUCGUGUCAGAUCAAGACCCCAGCGAACUUUGGCAAUUUGGCGGCAUUAUAUUUGGAUUAAGCAGCGCCAAAUUGCAACAGACGAACGAACAACGACGAAACAACUACGAUUAACGAUUUAAUUUAAGCUAUUUACAUAGUCGUACAAACACGUAUUGGGCAGAUUAACGCCACUAAACUGAAGGCAGUUCCGCAUUGUUUAUCAUUUUAGAGUUAUUGCCAGACAAUAAGAACGAAAGCAGGCAGACAAAGCAUAAGCAAAAGAAGAAGUGUAGCUAAAAUCUGCUUUAAAGCCACUUGUUAAGUCGAUAAGCAGCCUAGAGACACUGUAGACAAACAGAAAAAGAGAAAAUCGGUCAGCAACGAAAUUUUAAAAUAUUUUUUAUCAACAAUAAUUUAAAAGUUUUCGAAGACAAACGAGACGAGAGAGAAGGCAAGAGGAGAGAGUGAGUAAGAGCUAAUAGGAAAAACAAGUGAGCAAACAAGUAACAGCUAAAGCCAAAGCAAAGCACAAGCUGUGGAGGAGGCUCAACUCAACUUGGAAGACCAAGCCAGCAAACAACACGUACAACAAAUUUCCAAAGCAACAACCAACAACCAACAAGCAGAAACAACAACAUAAUGGCUGGCGUACAACGUAAACUUGUGCACAAGCAAUUCAAUUCACCCAUGGGCCUGUACUCCCAGGAGAACGUAAAGGCCACGCUGAAUCGAGAGCUGAAGGCCUUUGGGGCCGACGGGAUCGAAAUCGACGAGCAAAUCACAAAACCAUUGAACUUGGCCAACUCGGCUGUUCUGCGUGCCGUUGAGGAGGAGGAACAACAAGUCAAAUGCGGUUACAAACGCGUCGCUUGGCCACCAGCCUCUGAGGAGCGCAUUGUGCGUGAGUUCACGCCUCAGCCUCAGCAGAGUCCGGCGCCAGGCAGCGGUGGCUAUUAUCAGCAACAACAUCAGCAACAUCAGCAGCAACCAACAGCACCAGCAGCAGCGGCGCCGUCCGCUAGCAGCCUCAAUGCUGCACCAGCUCAGGGUCCCAUUUAUAACAACGUUCAACCACGAACCCAGCAACAACAGCCACAACAAUACCAGCAACCACAACAUCAGCAACAACAACAAUACUACCAGCAACCACAACAACCUGCACAAAAUGUUUAUGGUCCCAACACUAACUAUGCAUCAAAUGGUUAUGCGCCAGCAGCAGCAACUGUUGCUGCUCCACAAGAUCCUAAUAACUAUCCACAACAACCCAUCCAAUACACACAGGCACAGUUCAAUAGACAACCAUCGAGGGAGCCAGCUGCUGACAACUAUGCGCCGUAUGCACAGCCACAGCAGCAGCAACCACCCCAGCAACAGCAGCAACACUAUCAGCCAACUUAUCCCCAGCAACAGCAGCAACAACAACCUCCACUUGCCGUAGACAAUGUGGGCGGUGGCUGGAAGCACAUUGGUGCACCUCAGCCCAAGUCUCACCAGGAGUUCACAGCUGGUGGUGUUGCGCCAACGUCUGCUUAUCCCUCGUAUCAGCAGCAGCAACAACAGCCUCAGCAGCAGCAGCAACAAUAUCAAUAUCAACCUCAGCAGCAAUAUCAAGCGCCGUCCAGCGAUAACUACCAGCAACAGCAGCCGCAACAGCAGCAGCCACAGCAGCCAGCUCCACAGCACUGGCAGCAGCAACAACAGCAGCAGCAGCAACCACCACAACAGUCGCAAUAUCAGGCUCCAUAUCAGACGUCUCCUUAUCAACAGCAGCAGCCACAGCCACAACAAAACUAUGCACAACAAAAUGGUGGUGCUAACUAUGCUCAACCACAAUACAAUUCUUAUUCGCAGCCUCAGCAACUGCAGCCUCAACUGCAGCAGCAACAGUUGCCCUACUCGCAAGAUCAGACCGAUCAGCAGCAGAGCUACCGUGGCGCCAGUCCUGGCAUCAUAACGCUGCGUAAGGAGGCUCCCGUCUCACAAAAGCCUGCGCCAGUCUACACUUCGCAGCCUGCCGCCGUCAGCUAUCAGGGAGGCAGCAAAUUGCGCGGAGAUUUGAAAUGGCCACCACCGGAGUACAAGGAGGCCGCUGUGCGCGAGAACGAGGAACGUCGCCUCUUGGCGUUGGGCCCCGUCUGCCGUCCCCGUAGAGUCAAUCGCGACUACACUACCUUCUUUGCCAAGAACCAACUGAACUGCACCUAUCCCAGCUACAAGGUGCCACCAGGCACUCAGCACAUGUUUGCCUAAGUUCGUAAGAAGGCAGAAACUUAGAAAACAAAAAUUAAAAUGAUAAACAAGCAAAUUAUUAUCAAAACAAUCAAUGGAACCCACUUCAUAUAAUACUAAAAAACGAUCAUGUAAAUGUUACUAAAACGAAAACUAACGAAACUAUAUACUAUACAAAACUAUAUAUGUAUAUUGUUAUACUAAUUUUAAAAGCUACUAACCAAGCAACUAUAUAUACGUAUCUAUCUAUCUUAUCUUAUCUAUCUAUCAUUAUUUAUAUAAUUAUGCCAAAACGAAACGAAUAUCAGGGUACGAAGUAUCCCCCAUACUUCUGUUAUCCGAUUGAAGGUCAUAUAUCUGCAUAAGAUGUAUGAUGAUGGUAAAGAGAAAAGAUUAUAGUUUAUUCUAUAUGCUACAUACGAAAUAUAUUGGAGCAUAUGCAUAAAGAAAGAUGACAACAAAAAAAAAACAAAAGAAACACAA